UCUUAGAGAAAAUUUACUGCGUGACCGUCAAUUUCAGCUUCGCGUAUCGGCUCGCUUAUCAAAGUAGGUAGUGCUCCGUAGCAUCGGAAAUAGAUAGAAAAUGGUCGGCCAAUAUUUACUACGACGCUUUGACUGCCGCUCCAGCCGUGCCAGCGGCAUUUCGCGAAUCGAUUCGUCUCGAUCGGGACUCCCGUAUUCUACCGAGGAGGAGAAUUUCACCGGAAGCGAUGUACAAUCGUCGCGACGCCGGCGGGUCGUGUGUCGCGGGGGAUGAAGGGAGGAGGGAGGGAAACGGAGGAGAGGCGUCGCGGAGCGGUGGUGGAUGGAGAAGCGGUAGACGCUCGCGACGACAUGGAAGGUGAAUUUGGGCGCGGGAGAGAUCACGAGCGGUAGUGAAAAAUGAAGGUACGAAACGGGGAAUCGCAAACGGGGGGGAAGGCUUGACGCAUUGCGGCGGGGAAAUAUGGGUCGUCCCGAUUAUGUCGGGACGAGCACCGCGCGCCGGAAUCUGACAGUGGCAGAGUGACGCCGCAAAACCUCAUACAUCUCGUGUAUAACUAAUGUCCGCAUAUAUCACCUCUUCGUCUCCUGUGUGUAUUUCCUUUUCCUUCUUUUUUUUUAUCUCACGGAACGCAAUGCAUGUCGCGCGUGCGCUCGACUCCACGUUCCUCCUCGUGCGUUCGAGCGCGAUGGAACCUGUCCGUUUCAUUUGAAUGCAACGCGGAAAACGCAGCGCGCGCCGUGCGCUCCAGCACGCUUCGGGCGGUAUAGACUUCAUGGAAGAUAGCGCGCGCGAGAGAUGAUACAUUACUCUCUGGCCCGCUUCAUUUCCCCGAUCGCACGCCCCGUGUCAUUGUGUUUGAAAAUCGUUUCCUCUUAUUUGCAAAUUAUUCGUAUUCUCGAAUAUUUAUAGGCGGCCUUUGCUCGAAAUGAUUUCUUGGAAAAUUCAUGCCGACACUUGGUGUGAGAGACAAGUGGCGUAUUAAAUUCUCUCAUUGUUUAUUAUAUUGUAAUGAGGAGAAAUAGAAAUAAGGAAUUCUUAUAUUUCUUAUAAAAAUGUAAGAAAAUUAUAAGAAAAUUGACACAGUUUCCUACAUUUUGUUGAAUAUCAAACUUCUAGCUGCUGUCAAGAAAAAGAAGAGAGAAAGAAAGAUAUAUUUAAUUCUAUUGAAACUCUGUCGCUUUGAUUGACAGUGAUGGAUAUCCCUUUAAUUCUAUGUGUUACUUUUCAAUUUGUUUUUUACCAAUUGGCAGACAAAUUUGAGGUAACCCUUAAACAAUUUAAUGUAAUAAAUCACAUGGGUCAACUGAAACAAAUACAAAAACGCCUUGCUUCGUACCAGCUUGGCGUCAUUUCGUAGUAGGUGGUCUGAACAGUGGGACGAAAAUUAAAGAACGUUAAAAGGGCACCCCGUGCUCGUUAGCACGGUCAACCUGCUUCAACCUGCAGCCGGCGCGCAGUUAAUUGGUGUUCGGCCAGCGAGGAAUACCGGCCUUUGACGGGUCUGUCUGGAGUAGCGACGGUCUGUUUACACUAUGGACAAAGUCAGCAGAGCCCGAAAUGCCUGGACGGUACGAUGCCAGUGGCGGCGGCGACUGGAGUGUCUUGGAUCCUUCGCGAUCCGAUCCCAUUUUGAGAUUUUCAAGCGCUACUGUGCUAAUCGACCACCACCAUUAUUGUUUCAUCGUGCCCAAGAGCCCUUUAAUCGGUGCAAGACGUCGUGCAUCUAUUCGAAGUUUUUUUUUUUGUUCUUUCGCAUCUCUCUCCGUUUCGCAUUCCUUUUUCCUCUUUCUCUGUCUCCCUCUCGGGUGCGACGGCGACGUAUCCAUUUUUACCGGUGCUCGAAGCUUUGCGUUUUCUCGAGUGGAUUCCCCGCUUCCCCCAACCUGCCAUAUUCCUCAAGCAGAUAUGUACGCGAGCAUUCACCCCGGCACGAAUGCAGGUGUGCGCUGGGCCGAAUAAGCCCAGAAGAGGCGCGAGGAUGAUGGCAACUCGUGCGUCUCCAAGCUUCGUCGACGUCGUUGUCGCCCUCGUCGUCGUCGUCGUCGUCGUCAUCGUCGUCGUCGUCGUUGUUGUCGUUGUCGUCACGAGACUACCGCGGCAACCACUUCCGUCUGUGCGCUUCUCGUUUCUGCGAACGUUUCGUCACGCUUGUCACAUGCUUACCGUACGAAAGAGACCGCGGUCUGGUAAAAAUAUUGUGAUGGUCGGUGGCGUCGUUAUUGUCCACCGCUCUGUGUGUUCGCAACUACCUAUCGGACGGAGAACGAUGCAGAAACGUGUGCGGUUUGCAGUGUUUGCAAGAAAAUGUGACAUACGAUGCGGUAUAGCGUGGUCUUGAAAAAAUUCCACUGUUGAAUAUGAUACAUUAUGUAAACUGUACAAUAUUCAAGUUAGAAAUUAUGAAGUUACGCUUAAGCGUCGACUGUUUCAUGAUAAGCGCGUUACGCAAAUUAUCGCAACGUCAUAAUUGACCUAGAUCGCUGAUAGAGAUGCUCACGCGACAUUUAAAUAUAAACUGUUUCGUUUUGUUAGCUCAAAUUCCGUUGAUAUUAUUAAACCUUUAAAUAUAAAAUACCAAAUAGAUCAAGUUGAUUAUAUAUUUUCGAUUUAAUCAAGAAUUAUACACAAAAAUAGCUUACAUUAAGUAUAUAUAGGUAACAGUCACAAACAAUGUAUAUUUGUUAUGCUAUCUACACGGAGUACGUAAAUAAUUUAUUAUUCAUUAUAUGUAUCUGCAAUGGUCAUGUACUAAUGUAUGAAUUAGAUAUACAUGCACUAAUAUGUCAAUAAUGUAUUAGAGCUUACAUAAUAAUUGUGCGAUAAAUCUUGAAAUCUAGGUGAUUAUCUGAACAUUAUUUUAUAUCUUUAAUCUGUAUCUUUAUUCUCUCUCUCUCUCUCUCUCUCUCUCUCUCUCUCUCUCUCUCUCUCUUUCUCUCUCUCUCUCUUUCUCGUACUCUUUUUUUACAUUCCAUUACAUAAGAAUAUUUACUCUCUGUACGAUAAGUAUCAGUUCACCUGGCAGACUAUCUUUUACAAAUAGAAGUGAUAACACAAUAAAUGCAUUAUACUUGGUAUUUAUGGUAAAAACGAUAUUCAUCGUAUACGCAAUAUUUCUUAUAUGAUAUUUAGUAUGACUUUUUGCGUAAAUUUUACAUUAGCUACACUGAAAAAAGUCUUGUUGAAUUAAUUGGAAAUCUGAUAGGUUUAAUCAGAAUCUGGUUGAUACAUAAUGAAAUGAUAUGUAUCAACAAAUAUUUAUUUAUUUUUAAACGACAUAUGAUAUGCGAAAAUAAUAUCAUAGUAAUAUUAUUUCGACGAAAAAGAAAAAAGACACGUGUGCUGAAUAUAUAAUUCGAUGGGCGUUACUACAUGUCGAAUACAUAAAUAUCGAAGACUGUGGUUGUGAUCGGCGGGGAGUCCUAAGCUAUACUGCGGAACGUUUCUCAUCCGUUUGGACAUGGGCUCACCAGGGAGACCCUAUUAUCCUCAGCCUAUAAACAUUAAGCGCCUCGCCGACGAAUGUCCGUUAAGAAUGCUAUCGUGCGCCACCGUAUCACGGUGAGAGGAGAAACUCGAGUUUCGGUGUUGGCAGCCUACCGAGAUAAUAGCUGGGACAUUCACAUUGGAUAUCGCGCGAGUGAGACCUUGCUGUCGAGCCGUUAACGGAGACGAAACUGUCGUCUGUACUCGUGUAAUCAAUGCAGGCGCGCUUGGUUUUAAUUAUCGCCGGAGAAACGCGGCAUGAAUAACGCGUACUCUGUCAGGAAGAACCGGUUUUAGAGAAUGAUCUCGUCGGCUACGACUGCCGCCUCGUCUACUUUCAAGGAAUCGUUUAUAAAAAGGAAUGUGUGCGACCUUGAAAAUAAAAAUAAUUUACACAAUAAAGUUUUAAGUUCAACGAUUAAGUGAUUAUAUCAAAUUACUUUUCUUUUGCUACGUCAUUCCACUAAUUUUUUACACAAAUGCUGCACUUAGAGGCACGAUGUGCUUCACGUUUUUAAUACCUACAUAUUUAUUUCUUUGCGCGUUAUUUUUUUCAACAUUCGUGUUUCUCAUUAUUUUUAUCUCGCCAAUUUCGAUAAAAUAGUGCGCAAAAAGUAAGAUACAGAAAGCAAAGAGCAUAUUGUAGAUUAACGUUUACAGUAAACAAGACCUCCUAUUGAAUUUUCUUAAUGAUCGUGUAAUUGCAUUAAGCAAUUCUGUAAACUGUAUCGCAACGGACGUGUACUGGAAUACUGUAACGAAUGUAAAAAAAAAUCGAAAUGAUCCUAAUGACUCAACAAGUACAAAGCGAUUGGUUCAUAUUAUAGAAUUAGCACUUAUGUGCAAAUUACUGAAAGUUAAAACGCAGCUGCUUCCAUAGUUUAGUUUAGUGCGCGUGUGACUGUCGGGCAAUUCAUGUCGUACCGUCUUUCGUAACGUCAUUCAUAUCAAGUUAUAUCUAGUUCCGGUGAAUGCACACAUAUUUUUGUAAUACGUUUGUACAUAUUGUUAUCGCUUUUCUUUUAUUGGUGUUAAAAAUCGAGGACAACGUAUACACGUGGCGUGAAACUGUUUAUAUGAAGUAAACUCUUGAAUCUAUCUCAUAAUAUAUCCGUGGAUUUUUUUUAUUAAUUUGAAGAUAAGGAAAUGUUUUUAGCGAAUGCUCAACGUCGGGACGUGAACCUAGAAAGAGAUUCGUGGAGAGGAGGAAUCUGGGUAUCGUGCAUGGGUGCCGUUUCAUCGCCGGCGAUAUAAUUCGAUAGUCGGCAUCGAGCAGUUGAAUGUGCGAGCGAGCGAACGAAACCGAAUUGGUGAUUAUAUCGAUACGAAAACAAACGACGAAAACAGCGACACUGGCGCACCGAUUCGAAAUGUGAUGGUCAUCAAUGUCAUCGUUUUAUUAACCGAGGUCACACUGAAUAUUCAGAAUAAUGGAGAUACGCGUACGAUACUUGUUCGCUAUAAUGCUAUGCAUUGCGAACAUGAUUAUUUAUGGACUAAAAGUGAAUAUUGCGACGGCUAUUAUCGGUAUGGUGAAAAAAAAAUCCGGUGUACCGGAUUGGUCGGAUGAGUGUCCGGAAUUUGAUGUACCUGGAAAUGCCGUCACCGAUAUCGAUGGUCCAUUCGACUGGACGGCAAGCCAGCAGGGUUUGGUUAUUAGUAUAUACUUUGCUGGAUAUCUCGUUGGCAUGUUUCCAUCGGGAUAUUUGGCGGAUCGAUUCGACACGAAGAUAGUGUUGUUAGUCUGCGUACUGGCGAAUGGAAUUCUAACGUUAUUGGUGCCGAUCGCGGCGAGCGAGUUGUACGUGCUAUACUUCGUGAGAUUUUUGACCGGUCUUGUGAGCGCGGCGAAUCUUCCUAUAGUAAACGUUCUUCUGGGAACAUGGGUCGUGUACGAGGAGAAAAGCACGUGGGUCGGCAUCAUAUAUGCUGGAACGUCGCUCGGCACCGUGAUAUCUAUUCUUACCUCCGGAUUGAUAUUAAAUUACGUGGGUUGGGAGGCUAUCUUUUACAUCCACGGAGCGCUACCAUUGAUCUGGUGCGUCAUCUUUUAUAUAUUUUUCGCCGGUUGUCCGGAAAAACAAAAGUACAUAACGGAACGGGAAAGAUCGUUCAUCGUGAGCUCGUAUGGCCACCGUGCGCCCGGCUCUUCGAAGAUGAAGAUCCCGUGGAAAAGUAUAUUUACAUCAGUACCAUUUUUGGCGCUGAUCGUUACGAAUACUCUAGGCAACUUCUGUUGGUAUUUCUUGCUCACUCAACUGCCGCUCUACAUGAACAAAAUAUUGCGAUACGAUAUCCAAUCGAAUGCCGCUAUCGUUUGCACACCGUAUCUCGUGAAUGCAUUUACUAAUCCGCUAAUCGGAAGAGUUUUAGAUUGGGGACGGAGAAAAGGAUUUUGGUCGCAGACGGUUGCACGUAAAAUUGCUGUGUUCAUAAGUACUAUACCACCUAGUAUUUUCCUUAUUGUAAUCGCGUACAUUGGUUGCGAUCGUUUGACGUCAACCGUGCUACUAACUUUGAGCAUAGUAGUCUGUGGUGCUAUAUUCGUUGGUCAUCUUUGUAAUCAGAAUGACCUGGCCCCGAAUUAUGCAGGAAUUCUCAUGGGCAUUACAAAUACUCCGGGCACUAUUUCUGCCUUUAUUUUACCACCGAUAGUUGGUGCUCUCGUAGCGGAGGGACAUACUAUGGUUCGUUGGAGGAUUGCAUUCUGGAUUACUAUCGUCGCCCAGGUUGUCGCUUUCUUGGUAUUUGCGGCCUUUGGUUCAGCCAAAAUUCAACCAUGGAAUUAUCCGGUACCGGAAAAUGUUGAAAACUGGGACGACGAGGGACAACCACAACAGCGGGAACAAGAAACAAAGACUUAAAUUGAAACUACUUUUAAUAUAGUUUUUAUUUAAAAAAAACAGAAACAUUUUUUUACAAGAAUCUGUCCUGUCUACUUGCAUAGACGAGAAAUGUUAUUUAGAUAAAUUGAAGUACGAUAAUAAUUUAUCAUAAAAUAAAAUCAAGAACUUUGCGAUUUUUAUAUUAACACAUUCCUCAUAUUUUUUAAAUAACAUUCCUUAUAUUUAUAUUUAAACCAAUUUUCUUUUUCAUAUUUCGAUAUCUUUUAUUAUGAAUAUUUUUUACGAAUCUACUAAGAUUAAUUAGCGGAUAUAAUACUUAAUUAUAUGUCACUUUAGAUAUAUAUAUAUAUAUGUUAUAUAUCUCUUUAAUAUAUGUACGUAUUGAUAGUAUAUUGCAAAAUAUAUUUUUCAGGAAGAAAUUCUGUUGAUAAUAUGCUUUGCCAUAUUAUCAAUGCCAAACUUUUAACUGCCUUAUACGGGACAAUUUUACAAAAAUUAGAUUGUACAAAAUAUAUAUAUAAACGUGUAUACAAAAAAAUUUAAUAUAUAAUUGCCUUUAUUAUUUUUA